AGUUUUUUCCUGUAUGCACGAUCAUGGAAUAAUCGGAUAGUCCAGAGGAGUCAGCGACCUCUCUCUAGAUAAACGGACAACUGUGAUGUUCACAAAACGCUGAAAAGAUUUGCUUAUUACGCUAAUACUAUAGUUUUCGACUUUUAAAACAUAUUUUUCGUGCUUUGAAAUUAUAAGUGAAGAUGGCAGUUCUUCAUUUUGUAGUCUUCAUUCUUUAUUUGACGCCAAUGACGGAGGCACAACAGCCGGACUUAUACAUGCACAAAGUCAUGUCGGGUGUUCAAAAUUACACUGAAUUUUGUGAGCUAAUGAGCAUGAGUACACAGGAAUGUGAAAAAGUGGUUGAGCUGUCAGAACCGAUAGAUGGCGUGGAUGAGACAGGACAGAAAAUGGUAGUGGGAGCAACAAGUCAGAUCGCAAUGUUUGACGCAUGCAAUCCUCGAGAACAGACAAUAGCUUUACCACGUCACCCUGAUCCGGAUAUAACGAUAUGGCCAACAUGUACACGUGCAAUGAGAUGUGGUGGCUGCUGCACGAGUGAUGUGUUUUCUUGUGAACCAACUGAAAUCAAAGAAAAAUUCGUGAAGGUGUUUGACACCCGUUUACCUUACAUUGGAGCCCACCGGUUCCAGUUUCUGGGUAUAAGAGCUGUAAAGAUCAUAGAACAUGUGCAGUGUGAUGCACAGUGUAAAACAAAGAAACACGAGUGUCAUAAAUAUCAGAGGUACGAAGCCCGGAGCUGCCGCUGUUUGUGUCGACAGGAGAGACUCGUACACAAGUCAUCGUGUAAAACAAAUCAGAUCUGGGAUGAUAACGAAUGUGACUGUAUCUGUCCUAACAGGAACACGGUAAAAUGUCCGGAACCGUCAUACUUCAGUACAGAUACUUGCAAAUGUACACUGAAAACUACUGUAACCGGCGAAAUUGACCUGGAUAAACUGUUUGAACAGCUUGACAAGGGCCUAAUUGGUCCAGAUAUCCUUUUGGAAAAUCAAGACAAUGACGUCAAUGCUGAAAAAGAAAUAGACACGAUUGCUGGAAUGAAAGAUGUAGACGGAAAGGUUGAUUUUACGGAAUCAGAGGAAGAAAGUCUAGCAGACGAAACUAUCGAAGAAGAAAGUGGGGUUAAUGACAGACCAGAAAAUGAAAAAGCAAAAAUGGAGGAUGAAACGCAAGAAAGAUCUGAAAAAGAAAAGGAAGAAGACGUGGAAAAGAAGACCACUGUUACAACACAACGCACACCGGCUCAGACUACAUCGGACCCAUGUAAAAGCACGAAAUGUUUUGGUAUAUGGAAGCCAAAGUUACUGAAGAACGGGAGAUGCCAGUGUUUCCCGCCACGUGGUUAAAUGUGGUGUUUUAAUGAUUCUGAAAACAUUUGACGAAAUCUAUGUAGAGUUAUUAUGUUUAAAAAGUAAAUUAUUAUAUAUUAUUCAAUGAUCACUAGUUGCACCACAGUAAUUCUUUAGGGAGAGAUGUCUAAGAUUUAGAUUUUAUCAUGCGUUUUUUCUUCAAUGGUUCAUAGAAAUAUAACAGUGUAUAAUUAUAUAGAUGUAAAUUUCACUGGUACAGAACUACUUAUUGCUAUAAAAUUUCAUGUUGAAUAUAAACCACUGCAAAGGUAUGAAUUUAAGUGUUUUGGCAAAAGGUAACCAUUUUCGUGUCGUGAAAAUCAUAAACAUUUCUUACGGUGUUCAGUAAAAAAUGCAAUAUUAAUUUUAAUGUGUCGUUUUACUAUUUAAUUACUAUUUUGUGAUAUUCGAAAUUCAUUUGUGAAUAUGCUUUCCUUAAGGAAUAAUACAGUUUAGUUUGUGAUAUCAUGAAUUCGUUCGUGGAUAUCACAAAUUCAUUUUAUGAUAUCACUGAUUACAUUUCGGUAUUAUUAAAUGCGUUUAAAGAAUUAUAAUUGAUGUGUACAUAUCUACAUAUUUUAAAAUUGUUUUAUUUUAUGAUACCCACCGAUGAAUCACAAAUAUUACAAAAUGAAUUUAAGAUAUCAUUAAAUAGUACUAAUGGUAUCAUUGUCAUUUAGGUAGGUCGAUAUCUCAUUGCCAUUUAGGUAGGUCGAUAUCUCAAUGCCUUUUAUGUAGGUCUAUAUCAGGAUUUAUCGGCAUGGAAAAAGUGGUAUCGACCAAAGGCUUAGCUAAAAGGCAGUACCUGUUUAUUAUUUAAUCUAUUCUCAAGAACGUUACUUUAAAAAUCCAACAAUUUGCAGUGGUUCGUCUCCAAUGUUCCUUGUCUUGAAUUAGGCAUGACAUCACAAUAUACAUUCAAUGAUAUCAUAAAAUGAAUUAAGAACAUUACAACAUGAAUUAAAGAUACAUAUAUCAUAUACAGUAAAUUGCACCCGGUAAUAUUUGAAGCAUUUACCGAAAUAAGCAUCUUUGCACGUGUAAUGUCAGGGUGUCAGAUUCCAAAAUGUAAACAACACGUCAACAAACAAGGUGUAUGCAAUGUUCCAGUGAUGGGGGGAAGUCAUUAGCAAUAAGUCAAAGUCAACAAGAAAAAUGCAGACCCUCACUGUAUUGUUAGCAUUUUGGAGUAUGUUUUUUUUUUCAUGCCACUUUGUACAAAAUGGCAUUAUCAUGAACGUUCAUGCUAGGCUACGUGCAGAUAUUUUGCAAAACAUUUAGAAGUCCAUUGUUUUGUUUUACAGUAUAUCAACUGAGUUUUAACAAACAUGACAUGCAAUGUUAAGGACGCUGGCGUUUCUGUGUUUAGUAUAUAGAAUAAACGUUAUUCUCUCCAAUACGAAAAUCUGAUAGUAUUAAAUGAUGAUAACAUGCCAGAAUUUAAUGCGAAUACAAAACUAUACAUGUCUUACUUUCCAUGUUUUUUUACUAUUCCAGUUUACUUUCCUGGAAGGAACAGACUUUUCUUGAUUGAGGGUCCUCAUACUAUUUAUAGUUAUUAUUGUAUGCCUUAACUCUUACCCUGCUAAAUUUAUAUAAUGAACUUGUCCAUUUUCGAAUUUGGAGAUUACCAUUUAACAGUAAAAAGGGGUGCUUAACAAAAAGAUAAUGACUGAAUGGCGAACUGUGCAGAUCUUGAUCAGACUGCACGGAUGUGAUCAUGAUCUACACUAGUCGCAAAGGCAGAAUCAAUCGUGUACAGCAUGAUAGGGGUUUAAACAUUAACUCAAACAAUAAUUUUGAAGUUUUAAAAAACUUAGCCAUCAAAUAAUAUUAAAUUCAUGCACAAAUUGCUUAAUGCUAUAACAUUAUUAAAUUUUCUUGUUGAUGCUCACAGUAUGAAAUCUAAUAGAACUGAUAUUUUCAACACAAUGAUAUCUCUUCUCUGCGGCAUGAAUUACAAAAUACACCAUUACAUACGAUAAUUUUGUAUCCUGUAGUUAUUUACUAUCUGUUAUUUAUGUUAACAGUUUGUUUUCAUCGUAAUAAAACUCUCCCUGGCAAUGCGUUCUGUAGUAAUUCUCAUGAAACUGAAAUAUUUGCCAGACAUCUUUCUAGGAUACCUGAUUACGCAUCGAUUCCGUGAUGCAAAAUUAAUAGUUAUCUUUUAUAUUUUGAAUACGUGAUAUCUAAUAGAUGUACAAAGAUUCGUAUGAAAACACGAUUUUGUAAAUAAAAAAAAUAUGGCAAGGGGAGAAUAGGGAUGAAAUGCACAUAACAACAACAUCAACGAAAACAAUACCAGAGAUUCACAAACUGUUAGAAAAGUAAUACACAACAAAAAAACGAAAGAAAAAAAUAAAAAAAGUUGCAAAGAUAAAACCUAUAAGUUUCAAUUAUUCGCAAGAACCGAAAAAUCAUAAUAUUUAUUUCGGAAUUGAAAUGAAUAUAUCUAAAUUUAGAGACGAGCAAAUGCGAAAUACUACAAUAAAACAACAACAACA